AUUAAUUGAGUCCAGCCAAAACAAAACAUCCCUGUUCUCUCCGACAACCAUCUUAUUCUCAUCUUCCUAAACCCUCUAAAAUCCAUUUGUUCAACAACACCAUCAAUUAGUAAUGGAGAAAAAAAUUCUUGACUACACCUUGGUUCCUCUGGGGCUGGCUAUAAUGGUGGCGUAUCACUUAUGGCUUUUCAAUCGAAUCAUGAACCACCCUUCCAAGACUGUUAUUGGUGUCAAUACCAUCAAUCGCCGCUUCUGGGUUCAGGCCAUGAUGGAGGACUCUGCCAAGAAUGGAGUUCUUGCUGUGCAGACUCUGCGAAACAAUAUAAUGGCAUCUACCCUUUUGGCAUCCACCGCAAUCAUGCUCAGCUCCGUUAUUGCGGUGCUCAUGACCAGCGGCACCAGAGGUGAUCGAUCUGCUUGGAUUUUUGAGUUUGGAGAUGCCAGUGAACUGGGAUUGUCUAUAAAGUUCUUCUCUAUAUUGGUAUGUUUCUUGGUGGCUUUCUUGCUGAACGUGCAAUCCAUCAGGUAUUAUAGCCAUGCAAGCAUCCUCAUUAACGUGCCGUUCAAGAAAUUGUUACCUGAUCACAACCACCACCAUCUGACGGCAGAGUAUGUGGCUAGGUCCGUCAAUAGGGGUAGCUAUUUUUGGUCGUUAGGAUUACGUGCCUUCUACUUCUCUUUCCCUCUGUUUUUGUGGAUCUUUGGGCCCAUUCCUAUGUUUUUGUGUUGUUUUGUCCUGGUUUUCAUGCUCUAUUUUCUGGAUGUCACCUUCGAGUGUAGCUGGGCUGUUUAUGACCACAAGGACCAGGAUAUUGAGACCCAAAAUCAAGUUUGAUUUCAUAGGACUAGAGAAAUUAGGCGAAAAAAAAGUGCAUUUUGCAUUCAA